GCUGAUACUUUAGGUGACCUAUGGAUAUAGCAUUGCAUCAGUCGAUGAAUGCCGGUAGAUACCGUAGGAAAUUGACUAAUUACCACGUCAACGAUAUCACUUUUGUUUAAAAUUUACCACGAAAGAGGUAAUCAUGGCUGAUUCUUGUAUAGCAGGAUUCGCCGAAGAACUGGACGAUUUAGCAAAGGAGUAUGAAUCAAUGAAGGAACUUCAUAAGAAGUACAAGGAGAAAUUAGAGGAAGUUCAGUCAAUGCAGAAAAAAUGUGCUACUUUAGUUGGCCAUCAAAAGAAGAGAUAUAAGGAGAUUGGAGAUGGAAUUAAAGAGAAAAGCCAAGGUCUAAGUGGAGAAGAGAAGGCCAAGUGUAAUGAGCUAAAGAAAUUGGUUGAAGACAGGAAAAAGAAUUGCAGUGAAGUCCUGGAUACUCUGCCAAGGUCCAACAACUUCUUCUUGAGUACCACACUUGGACCAGUCAGUGUCUCCAUCUUGAGUAAAAAAGACAGAUUUGCUUACAAGGAAGAGUAUGAACAGUUCAAGCUCUAUCUCUCUAUCAUUAUGCUGGUUGGAGCUACCAUCAACACAUUCUUUAUCAAGAACAGUGAAGAUCUGAAUCAAGCUACACCUUUGUGGAUAUGUGACGCCUGUUAUCAUUUUCUACUUGUCUGGUACUACUGUACUUUGGUCAUCAGAGAAUCUAUCCUCAGACACAAUGGAUCUAGGAUAAAAGGUUGGUGGGUAGUGCAUCAUUACCUGACUGUUCUUUUGACAUCAAUCUUACUGAUUUGGCCAGACAGUGUCAGCUAUCGAAUGUUCAGGAAUCAAUUCAUGCUCUUCUCUCUAUAUCUUAGUGUUGUUCAAUUGAUGCAGUAUUACUACCAAAGUGGAUGUUUGUAUAGAUUAAGAGCUCUUGGGGAGAAAAGUGACAUGUACAUCACUGUAGAGGGUUUUCAGAAUUGGAUGUGGAGAGGGUUGACAUUCCUGCUACCAUUUCUCUUUGUAGCAUAUACUUGGCAGUUUUACAAUGCAUAUUCACUGUAUCAAAUCUCCAAACAUCCUGAGUGUAAUGAAUGGAUGGUACCUAUUGCAAGUUUGAUAUUCUUUUGCCUGUUCCUGGGAAACUUGAUAACCACUUCUGGUGUGAUUCUCAACAAACUCAAGGCCAAGCAGUCAACCACCUCAAGCCCCAAGAACAAAGGUUCAUGAUGCAAGUCUCAGCCAGAGUCCGUCAACUUUUUAGCUGCUUUUCAAACUAUUGCCAUCUGUUUGCUGGAAAAAGAAAAGAAAACGACCAUGCAAAUGUGUUUCUAAGAUCAUCUAUUUUUCAUUCGCUUUACUUGGCAUGCCAUCCAUUUGCAGGAAUAAAAAAAAGAGGUAUGAGUUUAAAGUUUUGAAUGACAAAGUUUCAAUAUGUUUGAAGCUGUUCAAGUACUCUUAGCUCACUUUUGAAGCCUUUAAAUACCUCAAAAUAUAUACAUUAAAAGAGCUCAAAAUAUGUACAUAAAAGAGCAAAAUGAAUCUGCAUUGCAAAACUAAAGAAUUUUGUACAUAUUAUGCUACAAGAGCAUAUGAUUUGAUAAGGAUUUCUAACAAUUUGGUAUGCAGGAGAAAAACGUGAUGAUUCGAUUGAAGCUAAGGAAUUAUCAAUUGUUUUGCUCUGUUACUUGCAAAAAUAUGUGAGAAAGAAAACUUUGUUGCUUAGCUCAAUGCACUGUUUUUACACAGGGUUUAUUUACCAAGCCUUCAUAAAAUAUUAGAUGGGGACCCCUCUAUUCCUUAUCCAUCUCUAAUAUAUUUCCAGAUGCACAUAUCUUUUUGUUCAA